CACCACCAAACCGCCACUGCCCCUCGACUUCCAUCAUGGCCGCAACAGCGGUUCAGUCGGGCUCCAUUGCCCAGGCGUCAUCUUCUUCAUCCUCAUCCGCCACAGCACUGCAGCAAGGCGGCGCAAAGGGCAAUGCUUCGGGCAUCUCGUCCUUCUACGCCUCCAAGAUCUCCCAAUACCAGCUCCUCAUCAACGACAAGACUCAUAAUCUUCGUCGCCUUGAGGCGCAACGCAACCAGCUCAAUGGACGUGUUAGACUGCUUCGCGAGGAGAUGCAGCUCCUCCAAGAGCCCGGCUCUCACGUCGGUGAAGUCAUCAAGGUCAUGUCCAAGAAGAAGGUCCUCGUCAAGGUUCAGCCCGAGGGCAAGUACAUCGUCGACUUUGACGACAGUAUUCCCAUCGCUAGUCUGACGCCGACGAUUAGAGUGGCGCUUCGCUCAGACUCAUACGCUAUUCACCGCAUCCUUCCUAAUAAGGUCGACCCGCUCGUCUCGCUCAUGAUGGUCGAGAAGGUGCCCGACUCGACGUACGAGAUGGUCGGUGGGUUGGACCGCCAGAUUAAAGAGAUCAAGGAAGUCAUUGAGCUGCCAGUCAAGCAUCCGGAACUGUUCGAAUCUCUGGGUAUUGCGCAGCCCAAGGGUGUGCUGCUCUAUGGUCCUCCGGGAACGGGAAAGACGUUGCUGGCCAGAGCAGUGGCGCAUCACACCGACUGUCGCUUCAUUCGUGUCAGUGGGUCGGAGUUGGUGCAAAAGUACAUUGGUGAAGGUUCAAGGAUGGUGAGGGAGCUGUUCGUCAUGGCGAGGGAGCAUGCGCCGAGUAUCAUCUUCAUGGACGAGAUUGACUCGAUUGGUAGCAGCAGGAAGGAGGGCGGUAGCGGUGGUGGGGACAGCGAGGUGCAGAGGACUAUGCUCGAAUUGCUCAACCAGCUCGAUGGUUUCGAAGGGACCAAGAACAUCAAGGUUAUCAUGGCCACCAACCGUAUCGACAUCCUUGACCCGGCCCUUCUCCGCCCAGGUCGAAUUGACCGCAAGAUCGAGUUCCCUCCGCCAGGACCAGAAGCGCGUGUCUCGAUCCUGCGCAUCCACUCGCGCAAGAUGUCCCUCCAACGAGGUAUCAACCUGCGCGCCCUCGCAGAGAAGAUGGGCCAGAUCAGUGGUGCCGAAGUCAGGGGUGUCUGCACCGAGGCGGGCAUGUACUGCUUGAGGGAGAGGAGGACCGUUGUUAGUGCGGCGGACUUUGAGCUGGCGAUUGGCAAGAUUUUGGGACAGAAGCUGGGCGGCGAGGACUCAAAGAACAAGCUGUACCUGUAGACGCGACGUCUGGCGGGCAAUUGUAUUCACGAUCAUGGCAUUGCAGAGCGUAGGGUGUGGCAGUGAUGGAUACGACGGGUCAAAGGCGACUACGCAUCACAGCCUCGUGCGCAUGCGCUCAUCGGUUGCUAGCCGUCGCAGUAACGAAUCCUCCAUCAACGGGCACAACAACACCCGUGGUGAAAAGUCCGCUCGCAAGGAAGAGCACAGCCUGCGCCAUCUCGGCCUCGGUGCCCGUCCUGCCGGCCGGGUUGCUCAUACGAGGGUCCAGGUCUUCCACCUUUGAUUGGCCGCCAGUCGCUUGGCUGGAUUGUUUC